AUGUUAAUAAAAGCUGCCGGAUUGAUUGUGUACAGAUUUUCGAAUGUCAGCAGCAAGAAAGCAAUUGAAUUUCUGUUACUGAAAGCUUCGUACGGUAACCAUCACUGGUCCCCACCUAAAGGUAUUGUCAAUGAUAAAGAAGAUUUGAUUGAAACGGCCGUGAGAGAAACGAAAGAAGAGACUGGCCUUGACAAGCAAUAUCUCAAAAUUUUUUAUGAUAAACUUCCAAUCAUAUCAGAGUACAAAAUAAAUGGAAAACCAAAGACAGUUUACUACUGGGUGGCUAAAUUAUUAGCUCACAAAGAAAUAAUCUUAUCAAAGGAACAUGUUAAAUAUAAAUGGUGUGACUGCAGUGAAGCCUACAAUCUUGUUGGCCAUGAAGAGAUGAAGGUUGCCUUGAAAACAGCCAGCACCAUCAUUAGCCAGUCCAGCUGA